AUGAACAGAUACAUGUCUAUUUUGGUUAAGCUUUCGACGUUGUUGUUCCUAGCGGGAAAUACUCUACUGUUGAUUCUAAUAAUUAUAUCUGGGAGUACGAAUGACUAUCCCAUUAACAACUUCUACUGGGUCGAGGCUGACACAGCGAACAUACCCAAUGCACCGGACGUAACAAGAUGGACCUUCUGGGGAGCUUGUGGAGUAGAGAAUGGUGAUGAAACUAAUUGUGGGUCGAAUUUGUCACCGGCAGCCCCCAUUUCUCCUGUGGAUAAUUUCCAUACAACCAUUAAUGUACCAAGUAAAUUCGUCAAUGACAGAAAUACUUUCUAUUACUUAACAAGAUUUUCUUUUUGUCUCUUUUGGAUUUCAUUAGCCUUCAUUGGUAUCACGUUUCUCUUAUACAUAAUAUCCUGGUUUUCCUACGAGUUUACUAAAGUUUGUUUCCUUCUAGUAAGCAUUGGUUGUUUAUUUAAUGUCACUGGCGUAGUUUUGCAAACUGCAGCAAGUGUCCUAGCAAGAAAUGCGUUCAACAAGACGGGAGUAAACCAUUCCAAACUAGGCAGCGAUCUAUUUGGUAUUGCAUGGGCGAGCGUAGCAUUGUCGUUACUCGAGGCGAUUGCUCUUGCGGUUACGCAUAUCAAUAACGUUUACCAAAGGAGAAGCAAUAAUAGCAUCAGUCAAGUGAAUGAUGUAUACGAUCCAAUAUAUGGCACAGCACAAAGAAGAUCUAACUCUUAUACUACCAACAGUAGGGGAUUCAAGAAAUUUUUCACUAUUUCACGUAAGAAUAGAACCACAAGUCAACAAUUGAAUAAUCAACAAAUACCAAACCCUCCAAUGCAUACUGACGAGUAUAUUGCAGAGCAACCAUUACAAGAACAUCAACGUAAGGGCAUUAAUUUCUUUACGAUUAGAAAUACAAAGAGUAAAUCAACAAUAGAUGAUUCAGUUUAA